AUGCGGUAUUUUGUACUUCUUUCUGUUCUGUUUUCCGAAAUUAUUCUCGCUGAAAAUGAAACAACGACCAUGGAAUUUGUACCGAUUGGAAAGGAUACAUCAGCAGCGAUUGUUCCAGUUAACAACAAGCCUAUAGAAAGCACCGUAGUAUCUCACAAAGUUUUCAAAGAAGAUGGAAUAAAAUAUACUGAAAUCGUGAGGAGAACUCCAUCUGGUGGUAUUCAAACAUCUCAUAUCAAGGGGACUGUGAAUCCCUCAAUUCUUCCGGUUCCUGUUCCGAACUUAUCAGGAUUGAUGAGUAGGAUUCAAACAAGAAUAGCGAGUCGAAUGGAAGUCUCAUCACCGCCAAGAAAGGAAUAUUAUCCGCCAGAUAUGGAUCCAUUGGGUAGAGCAGACGGACCCAUCUAUCAUCGUACAACUGGAUUCGAACCCCUCCCAAGACAUCCAUAUCCUCCACCACCGUAUCCUCCCAUGAUGAUGUAUCCUCCAUCCCCAGAUAGUCUGAUGGGAAGAGUUGGAAGUAUGACUGGAAACAUUCUUGAUAAUGUGAUGGAAUUUGUUAUGGGUCGCAGGAGGUGA